GGAGAGCAAGUUAGGAUGCAGCACCGUCCUCGCUUUAGUCCUUUAGCUGCUGGAGGUCGUUCGAGUCACAUCGCUUCGGAGAUCGGUCUGAGAUGUUGUCCCGUGUUGUUAGGCCUGUUGCCGCCGGGCUCGGCAGGAGUUUCUCCAGCACCUCACAGAGCAAUGCCAGGGUGGCAGUAUUGGGUGCAUCAGGUGGCAUUGGACAGCCUCUCUCUCUGCUACUGAAGAACAGUCCUCUUGUAAGUGAGCUCUCGCUAUAUGACAUUGCUCACACGCCUGGUGUCGCAGCAGAUCUCGGUCACAUUGAGACCAGGGCAAAAGUAACUGGCUUUAUGGGUGCUGAGCAGCUGCCUAAUGCUUUAAAAGGAUGUGAAUUGGUGGUUAUUCCUGCUGGAGUACCGAGGAAACCUGGCAUGACUCGAGAUGAUCUGUUUACCACAAAUGCUUCAAUAGUUGCAGAUCUAACAGAAGCUUGUGCCCGGCAUUGUCCGGAGGCAAUGAUUUGCGUCAUCGCCAACCCUGUGAACUCCACAAUACCAAUUACAUCAGAAAUCUUCAAGAAACAUGGAGUAUACAACCCUAACAAAAUCUUUGGUGUGUCAACAUUGGAUGUCGUCAGAGCCAACACCUUUAUUGCUGAGCUUAAGGGCCUUGACCCCGCACGUGUGUCUGUACCAGUGAUUGGAGGCCAUGCUGGAAAGACCAUCAUCCCUCUGAUCUCUCAGUGCAAUCCUAAAGUGGAAAUCCCUCAGGAUAAGUUGCAGGCUUUGACAGGAAGAAUUCAAGAGGCUGGCACAGAGGUGGUCAAGGCCAAGGCUGGAGCAGGUUCUGCCACCCUCUCAAUGGCUUAUGCUGGUGCCAGAUUUGUCUUCUCACUCUUGGAUGCUAUGAAUGGUAAAGAAGGAGUGGUGGAAUGUGCAUUUGUCCGGUCUGAAGAAACUGAAUCUCCAUACUUCGCCACACCUUUACUACUUGGGAAAAGUGGCAUAGAGAAGAACCUUGGGCUGGGUAAACUAUCUGCCUUUGAAGAAAAGCUUGUAGCAGAAGCUAUGGGUGAACUGAAGGCUUCCAUAAAGAAAGGCGAGGACUUUGUGAAGAGCCGAAGCAAAUAAUUGGUUAUAUCGAUAUGUAUGGAAUGAGGAAAACUCCUCCAGCCGGUUUCAAACCUCCAAUACACGUGGUUGUUUAGUGUUGGUUGCUGCUAUGUCUGUUUGCUAUCUAUUUUUAAAACUCAAUCGUCAUAGCAGAUGUAAAAUUGUCAUUAAAUUACAAGCAUUAUUUCUCCAACAUUGUUUUUUAAACUUCCACUGAAGAUUAUUCUGCUACCAUGCAUUUAAUUGUAAGUGCAAAUAAAUGUACACCUACAGAGGAUCUCUGAAGUUGACAUAUGCAA